AUGAACGACCAUCUAACGUCUCACACCAGAGCCAUAUUUAAUGGGGCGCGUGAACUCAUGAAAUCAGGCAAGUUGUCAUCAGUGUGGACCAGUGACGGACGAAUUCUCGCGAAGAAACAUAAAGGGGGGAAACCCUUUCGCAUCCUACAUCAACAACAUCUGGAUGAAUUGAGAGCAGCAUCCUACUCAGCAGCUGCCAAAUCCUUGAUUAUUUAUGUGUUUUUAGGUCAAGGCAAUCAAAACCCUCACUACGAACCAGUCAAUCUAGAUGAUUCUGAGAUUGAGGGCGCGUUAAAUGAUGAUGAUGAAGAAGGGGACUUGUUGAGACACAGAGACCGCUUUUUUGAUGUGAAUGAAGUUAUUGGAAAUUGGAGUGAUGACACCGAUGAAGACCCCACAUACGAGCCUCCCAAUGAGCCGGAUCGUAAGGAAGACACGUCAGAAGAGGAUCCACAACCAGAAGCAAUCCAGCGAAAAGAAGGAAAGAGGAAGAAGGCGCUCACUAAGAAAAAGGGAGAUGGGGCUAAGAAAUCGAGAAAAACGAAAAAUCAGGACAAGGAUUUUUCACCCCCAUGGAGGACAGGACCAUUCAAUCCGACACCUUUGACGAUUGCUCAACCAGCAUACCUACCUAUCGACAGUGAUGACUGGACAGCUGAACAGUAUGUACAGCAGUAUUUCGACGAUGAUAUUCUUAAAAAAAUAGUUGAGAAAUCAAAUCAGAACUACUUGUUGAAAACAGGAAAGGACCUAAAACUAAGACUACCUGAGUUUAAAAAUUUGGCUAGGCAUAAACUUUGUGAUUUCAGCUCUACAAGUACCAUUGAUUAGAAUGUGUUGGGAAAAAAAGUGGAGGAUUCCACUUGUA